AUGGAUUACGAGCUGGCAACCUCUUUGAUUAGGUUCGUUGUAAGAGGCUUUUAUACCAAACAUUAUGUUUUGGUUGUAGAGGCCCUACUGAUGCACUGGGUUCUUUCCGAGGAUGAUCUGAUUUACCUUUUAGGAAUGCAAAGGAAGGGUUUGAGGGCGCUUUGCAACAGACUUGUUGAGGACAGGCUGAUCUCUGCCCAGCAUCAGAAAGAGGAGAAUCUACAUCAGAGGAUGACGACUAGAACUUAUUACUAUAUUCGUUUUGUUGAUGCAAUCGAUGCUAUCAAGUGGAAAAUGCACAGCGUUGUUAAAAGCUUAAAGGAUCAAAUGGCACACGAUAGUGAUCCUCAAGGUUAUGUGUGUCCCCGUUGUCGAAAGCGUUAUUCUCAGCUGGAUGCACUUUCCAUGGUCAGUGACAACAAACUAAAUUUUGUCUGCGAUAUUUGUAAUGGGGUCUUGAUAGAAGAUGAUUCUGGAAUUCAAGCCAAACGUCGCCAAGAGAAAUUGACGCAAUUAAUGGGUGAGCUUGACCCUAUCAUUGGCUACCUCAAAAGGAUCGAUGAAGGCCAUGUGGUGGAUAAUACUUUUGAAACAUCGCUGACCAGGGCAGUUCCUGCUCAAUCUUCAACUGUUUCUGCGGCUGAAUCUGGCAGUUAUGCUUUACGUGCUGGUCAGGAAUCAAAGAGAGAAUUGUCACAGUCAUUGAAGAAUGCAACUGCUCGUUCACAGGCUGUGUUGCAUGUUGACAUCACUACAAGUGAUGAGAAUCAGACCAGAGAAGAGAAGGUUAAAGCUGAGAAACAAGAGAAACUCAAACAAAACGCACUUCCUUCUUGGCACUCAGAAAGUACUGUUGGGAAAGGUACAUUAGGAAAGUUAGGAACUCAAGAUAUUGCUUCAGAGAUUCUUGAGAAGGAGGUUUCUGCUGACGAUCAUGUAGUGGAAGGAAAGGAUCAAGUACAGGAAAUACCUAAGGUGGAAACAACGGGCACAAAUCUCGAAGAUAUAGAAGCACAAGAUGCUCUGGCUGCAUAUUAUGCUCAGCUUGCUGAAAAGCAGGCUAAAGAAGAUGCCGAUGACGAUGCUGAAGAUGGUGAUGAAGACGAAGAUUUUGAUAUUGAUGAUGACGAAUUCGAAGAUAUCUUAGAGACGGGUAACAACGACGAACAAGAUCAAUAA